AUGGGGGGACAUGUGAGCACUUCCAACAGCUUCAAGUCCCUGCAAUGCACCCAUGCCAAUUGGAUGUCGGAGCUGCACCCUGAGCUGUGGGACGUGCCCCUGCACCACCUGUCCAUCCCAGGCAGCCAUGACACCAUGACCUACUGCCUGAACAAGAAAUCUCCGAUUGCCCCCGACCAGUCCAAGGUUCUGCAGAUCCUCAGCAAGGUGCUGCCCUGUAUCACCCGCCCCGUGGUGCUCAAGUGGUCCAUCACUCAGGCGCUGAAUGUGACGGAGCAGCUGGACGCGGGGGUCCGGUACCUGGACCUGCGGGUGGCGCACAUGGCGGAGGGCUCUGAGAAGAACUUGCACUUUGUACACAUGGUCUACACGACGGCGCUGGUGGAGGACACCCUGACAGAGAUCUCUGAGUGGCUGGAGAGUCACCCCCGGGAGGUGGUCAUCCUGGCCUGUAGGAAUUUCGAGGGCAUGACUGACGACCUACAUGAAUAUCUGGUCUCCUGCAUCAAGAACAUCUUCGGGGACCUACUGUGCCCACGAGGGGAGGUGCCCACGCUGCGGCAGCUGUGGGCGUCCUGUCGCCAGGUGGUCGUGUCGUACGAGGACGAGGGCUCGGUGAGCAGACACGCAGAGCUGUGGCCUGCCAUCCCGUACUGGUGGGGGGACAAGGUGAAGACCGGCGACCUCAUCUCUUACCUGGAGUCCAUGAAGAGCAGAGGGCGCCCAGAUGGGCUGUUUGUGGCAGGCAUCAACCUCACGGAGAACCUGGGUUACGUGCUCGUGCACCCGUCCAAAUCCCUGAAGACCAUGACGCUGCCCAACCUCCCAUACCUGGCCGCCUGGGUCCGUGAGCAGUGCCCGGGGCCCGGCUCCCGCUGCACCAACAUCAUUGCGGGAGACUUCAUCGGUGCAGACCAUUUCGCGGGCGACGUCAUAAGGCUGAACGACAAACUGCUGAGGUGCUGA